AGUGGCCAGUGACUGAAUUUCUCCGAGCGAAACAAGGAACUGCAGCUUGGUUCACCGGAGGGGCGGUACCUCGUUAGAAACUCGCCGCGUGUGUGUGACGGUAAUUCGGACGUGACAUCAGCGAGGUGUCACGACAUGAAUACAUUUUCCGCAUUCCGGGGUUACCAGUUGAUGCGGUGAGCGUUAAGAUUGUGACAACGAGCAGCGUGAAGAUAAGUCGUGCGAGAGGCGACCAUUGGCAGGAACCAAGCCGACGAGAGCACUCCUCCUCCCGGGUACGUCUGUGGUGAAGGACCAUGAGCCACUUGAGGUUUAAUAUGAACUAAGCAGACUCAAGAAACAACCUGAAGUGAUCGGCAUGGCCGUGUUCAAACCCGAGAAUGUGGAGGACUUCUAUGAGAUCGGAGAUGUACUAGGAAGUGGACAUUUUGGUCAAGUCCGAAGAGUUCGCGAGUUGGCCACUGGGACAUAUUGGGCGGGAAAGUUUGUCAAGCUUCGCAAGACCUCGUGCAGCCGCCUGGGACUGGAGAGGAGCCGCGUGGAGGAGGAGGUGGAGGUGAUCCAGACUCUACAGCACCCUAACAUCGUUGCCCUCAAAGACGUCUUUGAGAGUCGGUCGGAGGUGGUGCUCAUUCUGGAGAUCGUUAGCGGCGGCGAGCUGUUUGACUUCAUCGCCGAAAAGGAGAACCUGACUGAAGACGAAGCCAUCGAGUUCAUGAAGCAGAUCCUGAACGGUCUGGGCUUCAUGCACAGCAAGAACAUCGCCCACUUUGAUCUCAAGCCAGAAAACAUCAUGCUCUCAGACAAAGAGUGUCCUCAUCCUAACAUCAAACUCAUAGACUUUGGUCUCGCACACCAUUUUAACUCCGGGGAGGAGUACAAGAGCUCAAGUGGAACCCCUCAGUACAUCGCCCCCGAGGUGAUAAACAGCGAAGCCCUGAGCACAGCGGCAGAUAUGUGGAGCAUAGGAGUUAUUACUUACAUACUCUUGAGCGGCUUGUCGCCGUUCCAGGGAGACACUGAUGAAGAGACUCUGAAGAACGUGCUGGCUAUGAAUUACCGACUCGACACGCAGCACUUCAGCACCACCAGCUCCACGGCCAAAGACUUCAUUGAGAAACUACUGGUGAAAAAUCCCAGUGACAGACUGACAGCCGAGGACUGUCUUCGCCAUCCAUGGAUCAAGCCCAUCACACGCAAACAGGUGGCCAAUAGGAAUCGAUCUUCAAUCAAUAUGAAGAACUUUAAGAAGUUCAAUGCCAGAAGGAAAUGGAAGAUGUCCUAUAACAUGGUAUGGAUGUGUAACCGCCUGGUCCGCUUAAAACUCUUGUGCAAAGGCAGCUCUGAUCCACCUGAGAGACAGUGCGAAAGCGACGUGGAGGACCUCGAAAGCAAGCCCGCCUCACUGCUGCGGCGAAGACUCAGUAGCAGUUCAUAGAGUCGGCCAAAGGGGGCAGCAAAGUGCAGCGUCUUCAAUUAAGGAAUGGACUAUUUCAUUCUUUCUGUGUAUACAUGCAAUGGCCUAUUGGUGGAUUUUUGGACAUUUUUGAUACAAAACGGCAUGUAAACUAGUGUAUCCAAUAUUUAAUGUGUUUCCUGCAUGCAGUAUCAAAUGCAAUUAUUGUGUCCAACAAUGGGACAUACUCGUGACAUGAGGUGAGAAAAAAAAACAUGUUUUGCUGCAGUGUACACACAUGUUAGUGAACUGUAUACUCCUAAUUCAUGUCUUGAUUCUUCAGAAAAAAACAUUUCUACCUCAGUGUCAUUUUAGUAGCAUCAUGGCUGCCACCUCAAGUGUAACUCGUGGCUAAUGCAAAGUAGUUCAACACCUUUUUAUUCAUUCAUAUUGUAAAAACAUCCUUUUUGGCUUUUAAGGAUGAUCCGACACUAUCAUUUUUCUUGUGUUUAAUGAUGCAUUUUGCCGUCUAAACCUAAAAAUUGUGUAAAAAAAUAUAUACAGUAUAUAGUAUAUAUAGAAAUGUGCAUGUUUGUUAAAAUAAGCUGCAAUCCUCCUGUUUAUGACCUAAUUCUCUUUUCUUGUGAUGCAACUGGAAAAAAAAGCAUAAAACGCACUUGUCAGUUUAUUUUUGUUAGUCUGAAAUAUAUAUAUUUUUAAAAAAUGUAUUUUUUUUUAAAUCAUUGUGUAUUUUUUUUGGUUGUAUUUUUUGGUAGCCUCAUGUAAACGCAAACGCUUCCCUUAAUGACAAAUGUCCCUUAAUGAAACAUGCAGCAAAAACAAACACAGACAGUUUACCAUGAGCCUUUCUUCCGCUGUUUAAACGUUUUUAAAAGAACACAAAGUAGGACAAAUAAAGGGUUGAUUUUU